AUGAAAAAACAUCCAUCAGUAAGAAUUCAGGACCCAACUCAAAGUUCAGUGCCAAGUAAAAGUUUAGAUGUAGAAACUGAUUUCGAAAAAAAUGCAAAAUUUACAGAUUCAGAAAAAAACAGAUUUAUUUCAAACCCAACAGACACAGCCCAAGAUAUAGAACCAGGCCCAUCAACUUCUGAAACGUCAUCUACAUUAUCUGCUGUACCAUUAAAAACAAAAUCAGUACUUCGUCAACAACAAUUGCAAGUACCCAGAAAGCUGGGACUACAAUCAAAAAAAAAUAUUGAUGACAAAUUGUUGCAAUUGGUUGUGAAGGACAUUCAACCAUUUUCCAUAGUCGAAGAUAUCGGAUUCAGAGAAUUUUGUCAUGAGCUUAAUCCAUCUUACUGCUUGCCCAGUCGAAAAACCCUAUCAAAAACAUUAUUGCCCGCAAAAUAUUUAGAAACCAUUAAUAAGACCAAAGAAAUUAUAUCAGCAGCCGAAUCUGUUACGAUUACGACGGAUAUGUGGACUUCCAGAAAUGGUGAUAGUUUUAAUGGGGUUACUGCCCAUUUUAUUAAUACCCAUUUUGAAAUUAAAUCUUUACUGCUGGAAGUUUCUGUAUUUGAAGGAGCACACACCAGCGCUAAUUUGGCAAGAGAAUUGCGAAGUAUUGUUACUGAAUGGGGUGUACAAGAUAAGAUUUUGCUAGCCAUAUCAGACAACGCUGCGAAUAUUAAAAAAGCAAUUUUGGAGGAACUGAAAUGGAAACAUUUUGGUUGUCUAGCACACACUAUAAACUUGAUAGCACAAGAUGGGUUAAAAUCAAUCGAAGAUUUAAUAGAGAAAGUAAAAAAUAUUGUUAGUUUUUUUAAGCGCAGCAAUUUAGCUAAAGAGAGACUUGAUUCAUUUCAAAAACAAAACAACAAAUCACCCAAAAAACUAAUUCAAUCCGUUCCGACACGUUGGAACUCUGUCUUUUAUAUGUUAGAGAGAAUUUUGGAGCUUAAAGAAGAAGUAAGGGCUUCUCUUGCAGUACUAGGACAUGAAAACUUACACCUGUUGACAAAUAACGAUUUUGAAGACCUUAGCCAACUUGUAAAUAUUCUAAAACCAUUGGAAUCUGCAACUAAAUUAAUGAGCGGUGAAAAAUAUGUGACUCUAUCAUCGGUAAUAAUUAUAAGCAAUGGUUUAGAAAAAAUAUAUAGUCGGCUAGUUAGCAAGAUAGAACUUUCCACAGUUGAACUCUCUGAUAAAACAAAAACUGUAGUGGUGAACAUAUUCAAAAGUAUUCAACAUAGGUUAAAAAAUUUAGAAAUGAGUUCUACCUUGAUGGUUUCAACAUUUUUGGACCCCCGGUUUAAAAAUAUCGGCUUCUCUAGCGAGCAUGUUAGCGAAAAGGCAAAAACUUUAGUAACAAAUUUAUUAACUAGUUUUAUAGAAAGGCACAGUCAAGAAACCACCGUUUCAGGUUCUCAGUCCCAGCAACAAACUGAUGUUGUACCUGAUGAAUUUUCAAUUUGGAGUGAUUUCGAUCACCAAGCUUCCUUGUUUAAACCUGUUGGUGGUAACAGCCGUUCAAAGGCCAUAAUAGAAAUUCAAAGAUUUCUGGAAGAGCCUCUCUUAAAUCGCGAAUGCGAUCCAUUAAAUUGGUGGAAAAUCAAUAAAUAUAAUUUUCCAAACCUAAGUAAAAUUGUUCGUCAAAAAUUUGGAACUGUUUCUACAUCUGUGCCUUGUGAGAGACUUUUUUCAAAAACCGGUCAGAUAUUAUCUGAAAGACGAAACCGAUUAUCAGUUGAUAAAGUGAAACAAGUAAUGUUUAUUAAAAAUAAUGCGUAA